AUGAAGGCGGAAGAUGUUAGUCAGUUUCGAGGCCGGUCGUUUGAGCUCUUGGACACGGCUGCAAUUCCUGGCAAAUGGAUCGUCAUUCUCAAGUCAGGCAUCGACAAACGCGACGUGGAGCAGCACCUCGAUUGGAUUCACGGUACUCACAGGCGGAGUUCGUCUUGCCGUCAGACGAGUGGAGUCGAAAGGACAUUCGGAAUCGGGGAUUUUCAUGCCUACACUGGCGAGUUUGACGAAGAGCUGUUGGCCGAGAUUCAAGCCAAAGAUGAGGUCAUCGCAAUUGAGCCUGACCAUAAAGCUUCAUUGACAGCUCUCACCGAGGUCAGCGACCAGCCUUGGGGUCUAGCCAGCCUCUCCUCUCGAGCAAAACUCGCCAGCGCCGACGUGGAUCAUCAGACCUACAAGUACGACUCGAGUGCGGGAACAGGCACAUUUGCCUACGUUCUCGACUCCGGGAUUCGCAUUUCCCAUCCUGACUUCCAGGGACGCGCGAUCAAGGGCACCAACGUUUUCCCCGAAGUUGCUCACGACGACGAUUUUGGGCACGGCACGCACGUGGCUGGCACCAUUGGAUCCAAUAUCACCAACACUCCUGCGAGGGCUGGCAAGUCUGUUGUCAGUAUGAGUCUAGCAUUGAAUGAUGCCGUCGACGCAGCCACAGCCUUGGGCGUCUUUGUUGUCGUCGGUGCUGGGAACGAUGGAAAGGAUGCUUCUACGAGAUCACCAGCUAGCGCGCCGACUGCCUUCACCGUUGGUGCGAUUGACAUUGACAACACUAGAGCUACAUGGUCCAACUUUGGGCCAUCUGUGGAUGUCUUUGCUGCUGGGGUGGAUGGACCGGAGGGCUCUUUCGUGGACGCACCGGCGGCGAUCGGUGCACGCAUCAAGGAGCUUGCUACCAAGGACAUGGUUGCCGAUUCUGGAGUUGGCAGCCCUAAUCUUGUUACAUAUAAUGGGAAUGGCCGACGAUGA